AUGUCCAAGAUUCUUGCUAUUUUCGGUGCCACCGGCCAACAAGGCAGCUCUGUCCUGAACCAUGUGCUGAACGACCCAGAGCUCUCCCAACAGUUCAAAAUUCGGGCCAUCACCCGCGAUGCCAGCUCUGAAAAAGCACAGCAAUUAAAAGAAAAAGGGGACGUCGAGGUUGUUGAUGGUGACGUGACCGACUCCGCCUCGCUAGCAAAAGCUUUAACCGGCGUGCACACCGUCUUCGCCAUGACCACACCAGACAUUAGCGCCGACGCCUUCAAUGUUGAGGUCGGUCACGCUAAGCGGAUUGCUGAUGUUGCCCUUGAGCAAGGUGUUGAUUAUUUUAUCUGGAGCACUCUGCCUUCAAUUCGCGGUCUCUCCAACGGCAAAUACAGUUCAGUUGUCCCAUUCGAUGCCAAGGCCGCCGCUGAGGAUUACAUUCGCACCCUUCCAAUCAAGAGUGCAUUUGUCUCGCUCGGCUCGUUCAUGGAAAACUUCCAGUCGCAGACCUUUUUGGCCCCCACGCAAGCUCCCGAUGGUACUUAUGUACUAGCCCGUCACACCUCCCCCAAGGCCCAGUUCCCCUUGAUCGACGCUGUCGGUGAUACUGGCAAGUUUGUGGGCGCUAUCCUUGCCGAGCCUGAGAAAUUCCAGGGAAAGCGACUCCACUGCGCCACGAAAUUGUACACUGUUGAGGAGAUCGCCGCCCUCCUAUCCAAGAGUUCCGGCAAGACCAUCGUCUUCGAGCAUAUCACCACCGAAGAGUUUAAGGCACGCUUGCCUUUCUUCCAGGAUGUGUUUGCGGAGGGAUUCAGCUUUAUGGAUGAUUAUGGAUAUUUCGGCCCUGGCUCGGAGGAGUUGGUUGCAGAAGCUGCUGCCGCCGCCCGGGGUAAGCUGUCCACUUUCGAGGAGUUUUUGGAGAGACACCCAUUCCAGCUUGCAUAG